CUUAUAUAUAUAAAAAACAUAAACGACGAUUAUAUAUUUGGAGGGGUUUAGCUUGGGUAUUUUUUAUUGAAGAAAUGGCGAGCUCGAACCCUUUUGAUUUGUUGGGAGAUGAUGAUACCGGGGAGCUUUCAGUACUGAUCGCUGCACAGCAAAAGCCAGUCUCAACCGCCAACGCCGCCGCCGUUCCAAAGAAGGGCCCGACUCAGUCCCAGGCUAAGCCGCAACCUAUUACUCAGACUAAACAAGCUAAACUUCCCUUCAAGCCUCUCCCUCCUGCUCAGGCCGUGAGGGAGGCAAAGACCGAAGGUACUCGUGGCGGAGGCCGUGGUGGACGUGGAUAUGGACGUGGGCGUGGUGGAAAUGCUGGAUAUAGAGGUGAUACUGCCAAUGAUGAGAACUCAUUCAGCAACAGUGUUUUGCCUGGUGGUCAAGGUGCACUUGAAGAUGGAGAGAGUGGAAAAUUCUCUGAAAGGCGUGGAUAUGGUGGUCCUCGGCCUUAUCGUGGUGGUCGCCGUGGUGGUUUCGGUAAUGGGGAAGCUAGAGAUGGGGAGCUACCUCGCAGGGUGUUUGAACGUCAUAGUGGGACUGGGCGGGGAAAUGAGCUCAAACGAGAAGGCUCUGGUCGUGGGAAUUGGGGAAAUCAGACUGACGAACUAUAUCAGGUCACUGAAGAAGCCAAUGAAACGAAUAAGAAUUUUGCUGAUGAGAAGCCAGCAGGAGAAGAGGAUACAGGAGAUGCUAACAAGGAGAACCCUACAGAUGAAUCAGAAGAAAAAGAACCUGAGGAUAAGGAGAUGACUCUUGAGGAGUAUGAGAAGGUGCUGGAAAAGAAAAGGAAGGCUCUGCAGGCACUCAAGACUGAGGGAAGAAAAAUUGAUGCCAAGGAGUUUGAGUCUAUGAAACAGCUUUCAAACAAGAAGAAGAAUGAUGAUGAGGUUUUCAUCAAGUUGGGCUUUGAUAAGGAUAGGAGAAAAGAGGCUUAUGAGAAGGAAGAGAGAGCCAAAAAGGCUCUGAGCAUUAAUGAAUUUCUGAAGCCUGCUGAAGGGGAGAGGUACUACAACCCAAGUGGACGUGGACAUGGGCGUGGUCGCGGGCGUGGUUCAAGAGCAUUUGGUGGUGGCAGUGAAGCAAGUAAUGUGGCAGCACCUUCCAUUGAAGACCCUGGGCAGUUCCCAACUUUGGGAGGCAAGUGAGGUUUCUGUAGAACAACCCCACAUGCCAUCUCCAUUUUAAUUUUCUGGAAUUUUUGGGUUCUUCAUAUAGAUAGGCUCUGAACUCAAAUAACCUGGUUCCCUGUUGUCUAAAUUUAAUGUUUUAAAAAUGUAUAUUUUGUGUUUUCUUCAU